AUGGCUAUGUAUUAUUACGCAAGUAAACUGAAUGAAGCCUCAUGUAGUGGGUGCAAUAUGAAAGUGCCCCCAGCCCCCUCCGAGCCGGCCCCUGUGCCACCACCACCCACCGAUCUCGCUCCGCUACCACCAGACCCAUCUCUCCUGCAUGGAACGGGCCUUUCUUAUUAUGAUAAUGAUGAUUACUACUCAAUGGUGAGAGGUAACAAGUUCAUGUCUGAGAGUACAUGCAAACAUAUUGUAAUGAAUGGGGGAAUCAACUUUGUUUCUACUCAGAAAGUAGAAAAUCCACAGUUAUCAGCUGUGCUGCCAUCUGGUGUGAAGUCCUUAGCAACUCUGCCAUACAUGAACUGUGCAUCUGACAAGCCAGAGGUUGAGUACAGAGAUGGUCAGAUUGUGAGUGCCACUCUAGAGGCUCUGGUAGAUAUGCUGCGACCAGGGGCCAGCAAAGCAUUUACAUUCACAUUCCUACUAUGUUCACGGCUAUUUGUAAAACCACAUGAACUACUGAACAAGCUCUGCAAGCGCUACUUUAAAAGCUAUGAGAAAAUAGGAAAGUCAGAAAUGAAAGAUUUGGUAGAGAAAGAACUUGGUGACAUGAUAUCCCUCGUAAGGGUACUAAGUCAGUGGACCAGCAUGUUUCCUUACGAUUUUCGUGACGACAGGGUUAUGGCUCUUGUACGCAGUAUAACUCAAAGAUGUGCAGCAGAUCAUAUGACUUCAGUAAGAGUAGAGAUGUCUACGACACUGGAAAAACUGCUUGAUAAGUUGACUGCACUUGAACAAUAUGAAGAGACCUUAACUGAACCACCUCAGGUGUCGUCUUUGGACCAGUUGAUGCAGGGCGACAUUCUUACCCUCGGCCUCACUCCAGUCGAAUUGGCGAACCAGUUGACCAUUGUAGAGCUGCACAGGCUAUCCUUUGUUGGCCCUGAAGAGUUUGUGCAAACUUUUGCACCAACACAACCACCACAAUCUUCAUCAUCAUGUGGUAAAACCUCUAUCAGCUUACAUCACAUAGAAACUAAAAGCACGCGGAAUUUGGAAGCAUACGCUGAUUGGUUUAACAGACUCAGUUAUUUAGUGGCAACUGAUAUUAUAAAGGCUGUUAAAAGCAAAUACCGGGCUCGAGUGAUUGAACAGUGGGUGAUGACAGCCAGAGAGUGUUUCAAUCUUGGGAACUUUAACUCGCUCAUGGCCAUCAUAAGUGCAUUGAAUAUGUCACCAGUGACGCGACUUAAGAAGACGUGGAGCCGAACAUCAGCUGUAUGUGGUCAGCAACUGAGGCAGCUAGAACUUUGUGUCGAGCCUAGUGGAAAUCACGCAAGAUACCGCGCAGCAUUGGCCGCGGCACCCAGUGAGACAGCCGUGCCGUUACUCUCUGUAACAUGCCGAGAUCUACAUUUCGCUAACCAAGGCUCUCCCUCGAAGUUGCCUGGAAAUCGAGUGAACUUCGAGAAAUGUUUGCUGCUGGGUCGCUAUGUCAAUAUUCAGUUGGCUAGCCGACAACUGACCGUCGAGGGGACUCCAGUCACCUCACAUCCUUCUCCCCACAUCUCAGUGUGGCGCUUCCUUAACGAUAGACCUACACUUACUGAGAUUGCUCUGGAAAUCUUAUCGUUUGAGCGCGAGCCUCCGGUGGACCAUCAAGAAAAAGAGCGGUUGAAGCGCCUACGAGGCGCUACUUAA